AUGUUUGUGCAUGCCAUGACCCUCGCUCGCGUGGCCUUCCCUGUAUAUCGCCUAAGACCACAGGGCUCAAGCAGUGCAAGCUGCCGCGCAGCAGUUUGUAUCGCUUUGGAUGCGUCAGUAUCGCUUAAGACCAGGGGGAAAAAGCAGAACACGCUGCUGAAGGGCAUGCCUUUGAUGGAAGGAGUAGUUGCUUGUGAAUUUUGCGCGAGGGCCGCAUGGUCUGCGGCUUUUCACUUAUUAGUGUCUUUCGUUUUCGAGAGGAAACGCUGCAGUUGUAUCUUUGCGAGUGGAAAUUGGGCGUCUCUGUAG